AUGUGGCUGUCUGGCUCUCCAAAAGAAUAUAAACAGGAACCGGAAAUUAAGGAGACUACUCCUACUAAUGAGAAAAAUGGCAAUUCUUAUAAAGAUAUAAAACAAUAUGUGUUCACUACACAAAAUCCAAAUGGCAGCCAGUCUGAAAUAUCCGUGAAAGCAACAACUGAUUUGCAAUUUGCUCUAAGAAACUAACCAACCAAGGGUCCAAAUGAGCCUGCAUUUUGGACAAUGUUAGCUAAAGCUUUAAAUGCAACAACAGCUGCGGAGAUUGAAGAAAAAGAUCAAUUAUUUCACCCAAUUCCAAACUCUGAUUUGAAUGCUACAAAUGAAGACACCCUGAUCAAGCUACAGGAAAUCAAGUUAAAAUUAAUGCUGGGCAUCUCGUUGAUGACCCUCUUCCUUUUUGUUAUCCUCUUGGCAGUCUGUAGUGCCAUGCUGUACAAAGUGAAGACAAUUAAUUAUAAAAGUAGACAUCAGACUGAAUACACCGUCAACCCAGAGCUGGCAACUCUGUCUUAUUUUCAUCCAUCAGAAGGCAUAUCAGACACAUCUUUUUCUAAGAGUGCUGAGAGCAGCACGUUUUGGGGCACCACUUCUUCAGAAGUGAGAAAAACAAACACCCAGUCAAAAUCUAGAACGACGGACAUUGUUUCCAUAGCCUCAGAUGACACAGGCGGGAAUGAGGAGUCAGAUUUAAUUCAGAGUGAGGAACCAAGCGAAGAAACACCCACUGAUGAAUAG